UUGGCCACUUGAUUAAUGCCAGCCCCAUCCUGUAAAUUAAUAUCCGUGCGCCAUUUUUCCCUAGUCAAAAAAAUCUCCGAGCUCUCUCUCUCUCUUCCCAUGGCUAGCCAUGAGCAAGAAAUCUCACGUGCUUAUUCACGCACGCACUCCAUGACCGAUGACGACCACAGCGAUAGUGAAGAAGAAGAGCAACUGGAUGAAGAAGAAGAAGAAGAAGAGGAGGAGGAGGAUGAAAACGAAAGCAGCUCGCAUGGUGACUGUAAAAACUUGUACUUCAUGUUCGGGUCUCGCCGGAGGGGAGGCUGGUCACUAGGGCAGGUCUUGGACCCGAGAGCCAGGUGGGUUCAAGAAUGGAACAGGGUAUUCCUUCUAGUUUGCGCCACGGGGCUUUUCGUAGACCCUCUCUUCUUCUACGCGCUGUCCAUAAGCGACACCUGCAUGUGCCUCUUCGUAGACGGGUGGUUCGCCAUCACCGUCACGGUGCUCCGGUGCAUGACCGACGUCUUGCAUGUCUGGAACAUGUGGUUACAGCUCAAAAUGGCAAACCGGUCCUCUGCCGUGGCGGGAACGACGACUGGGCUCAGGGACACCAGUGCUGGCACCGUGGCUCUCCAGUACUUGAAGGCCAAGAAGGGCUUUUUCUUUGAUCUCUUUGUGAUUCUUCCUCUUCCACAGGUGGUAUUAUGGGUAGCCAUUCCGUCGCUACUGGAAAGAGGGCAAGUAACCAUCGUGAUGACAGUGUACUUGAUCAUAUUUCUUUUCCAGUAUCUACCGAAGAUCUACCAUUCUGUCUACCUCUUACGUCGCAUGCAAAACUUCUCUGGCUACAUUUUUGGAACAGUUUGGUGGGGAAUAGCCCUCAACUUGAUUGCAUAUUUUGUAGCCUCGCAUGCGGCGGGAGCAUGUUGGUACCUGCUGGGAAUCCAAAGAGCUACAAAAUGCCUGAAAGAGCAAUGCAGAGCAACAAAUGGUUGUGGGUUAAGUAUGCUAUCUUGCAAAGAACCUAUAUACUAUGGAACAACAAGCAUGGUGAGAGAAAGAGUUAGAUUGGCUUGGGCAGAGAACAAACAGGCUAGGUCUACUUGCUUAGAAAGCGCCGAUAAUUACGAGUAUGGAGCUUAUAAAUGGACUGUUCAAAUUGUUACCAACGAUAGCCGCUUGGAAAAGAUUCUUUUUCCCAUCUUUUGGGGCCUAAUGACUCUAAGCACCUUUGGGAGCUUGGAGAGCACUACGGAAUGGUUAGAGGUUGCUUUCAAUAUCAUCGUUCUUACCAGUGGACUCCUUUUGGUCACCAUGUUGAUUGGAAAUAUCAAGGUGUUCUUGCACGCAACAACGUCGAAGAAACAAGCAAUGCAAUUGAAAAUGAGGAAUAUAGAGUGGUGGAUGAAGAAGAGGCGGUUGCCUCAGGGGUUCAGGCAGCGUGUUCGUAACUAUGAGAGGCAACGAUGGGCGGCUAUGCGUGGUGUUGAUGAAUGCGAGAUGAUAAGCAAUCUCCCCGUUGGCCUUAGGAGGGACAUCAAGUAUCAUCUCUGCUUGGACUUGGUUAGACAGGUGCCAUUGUUCCAGCACAUGGAUGAUCUGGUCCUAGAGAACAUAUGCGACCGCGUGAAGUCCCUCAUAUUCACCAAGGGAGAAACUAUUACCAGAGAGGGUGACCCAGUUCAAAGAAUGCUAUUUAUAGUAAGGGGUCACCUUCAAAGCAGCCAAGUUCUUCGAGAUGGCGUCAAGAGUUGCUGCAUGUUAGGCCCUGGAAACUUCAGUGGGGAUGAGCUUCUUUCCUGGUGCCUCAGACGACCCUUUAUCGAAAGGCUUCCACCGUCUUCAUCAACACUAGUCACCAUCGAAACAACAGAAGCAUUUGGGCUGGAAGCGGAUGAUGUGAAAUAUGUCACGCAGCACUUUCGUUACACAUUUGUGAACGAGAAGGUUAAGAGGAGCGCCAGAUAUUACUCGCCCGGAUGGAGGACAUGGGCGGCCGUGGCAAUUCAAUUGUCCUGGAGGAGGUAUAAGCACCGGUUAACGCUAAACUCUCUGUCAUUUAUUAGGCCAAGGAGGCCUGUCUCUCGGUGUUCUUCCAUGGGAGAGGACAGGCUCCGGCUUUACACGGCUUUAUUAACUUCGCCAAAGCCAGAUCAAGAUGAUUUUUUCGACUAUUAAAAUCAUUCAAAAGCUGAAUGUAUGGUUUAAUUUGUGAAGUUACUCCGGCUUCGAUCUGUAGUACUUUAUUCUCCCUUUAAUGCUAGGAAUGGUCUUCGAAGAACAUUAAAGGAAUUGACCUGGCCAGCUUCUUGGUUCCCUAAUGAUCAGAUACUUAUUAGAUUAUAAUAAUGGGAUCGUGGCACUGAAA